ACAAAUCGAUCGAUUUCACGCCAUGCCGUCGUUGUCACUGAGUCUGACUACUCCUUUCCUUUUGUUGGUGUUCUGCUUGAUAGGCUUAUUACUAGCUGCGGAUGACGUCUGCCCCGGGGGUUCUCAUCUCAGAGCUCCCGAUACUCGACUUAACCUGCCAACGGGCUCCGUCGUCGGAAACUGCCCGACGGAGGCGAUUCCUUUAGUUAUGGCGGAAGACGACAAGUACGGUAACAAAAUGGUUAUCAGUCUCACUCCUCGCCUUUACGACUACGUCCUCAACAACGUCCGCGAGCAUGAGAUCUUGAGGCAACUUCGGGAAGAGACCGCCAUUAGUCAAAUUCAGGUGUCGCCUGAUCAAGCGCAGUUGCUUGCGAUGCUAGUAGAAAUUCUUGGAGCAGAAAGAUGUAUUGAAGUUGGAGUUUACACGGGAUAUUCAUCCUUGGCUGUGGCGUUGGUUCUACCAGAAUCAGGGCGUCUUGUUGCCUGUGAUAAGGAUUCCAACUCUCUUGAAGUUGCUAAGAGGUACUACGACCUUGCUGGAGUCUCUCACAAGGUCACUGUCAAACAUGGUCUUGCAGCAGAAUCUUUGAUGUCAAUGAUUCAGAACGGUGAAGAGUCCAGCUAUGAUUUUGCAUUUCUUGAUGCUGAUAAAGCGAUGUAUCAGGAGUACUUUGAAUUGCUACUUAGACUCGUCAGGGUUGGUGGAGUCAUUGUAAUUGAUAAUGUUCUUUGGCAUGGAUGGGUUGCAGAUCCUAUGGUGGAUGAGGCGAGGACCAUCAACAUUAGGAAUUUCAACAAAAAGUUAAUGGAUGAUAAACGUGUAAGCAUUAGUAUGGUUUCAAUUGGAGAUGGCAUGACGAUAUGUCGCAAGAGAUAAUAACUAUCCAUGAAAAACCACUCGGCUCGCACCUCGCAGUGAACCUGAUCCUAAAGAAAAAGUCUUCAAGCAUAAAAAAAAAGGAUUAAUGAAGCCGUGAUACUGUAUAUUAUUGUUCUUUUUGUAUGUUUAGUUUAAAGUUUCAGGUUUUUAAUAUGUAACUUCAGUACCUGAAUGUGUUCUUAUUUAGAA